GAUCAAGAUGGAAGUCGUAUGUGAAUCGAAGCCAAGCUUUCUUGACGGAUCGAAAUUAGGUUGAGUAUAUUACAGCUAUCUUUUCGGUCGAUGAUUUCUGUAUAUUACUACGUUCGAUGUUAGGAUAAUUUUUCGUUUGUUGACUGUUAGAAAGCGAUUAUGCCGAUAAAUAAGAAGGAUGGCUAUGAAACUUCACAGACUUAUCAUUGUACUACUCUGGAAACCCAAGAAGAUAAUGAAAUAUUACAAGAAACUACAGUAAAUGAUCCAUCAUCUUUGAUUUCUAAUGGAUUGAAUAAUUCUGCAAACAAUUCAUUACUGAUGCAUGAUAUAUCAAUAUCUACUGAAGCACAUCCAUUAAGAAGUUCUCACUUGUCUUCCAUCUACAGUGCAGAAUGGCCAAUUGAAGACGAAAUAGUUAAUAAUAUACCUGACAAUUUAACUACACGAAAUCAUCCAAUGAAUAUUACAAAUCAAGCUUCCAUUUGCUUCAGUACUUCUAAUACAUUGACAAAUCUUCAUGGAACUGCUACAAGUAUUCAACCUCUUGGAACUAAAGUUGAAAUGGUAUAUUCAUUGUUAUCAAUGUUGGGAACUCAUGGUAAAGAUGAUAUGAGUUUGAAGUUGUUGGAAUUAUCUAGUUCUGUAGAAUGUUGUAUAGCAAUGAGACAAUCAGGUGAGAUUUUAUAAAUAAAUUACUGUGUU